AUGUCGUCUCUCACCAUUCCACAAUUUCCAGCAUACCAAUUUCAAAUCACAUUAUUUCAAAAUGUUUCCAAUGCAGAGACUAUACGAUCCAAAAUCGCGGAUUUGUCAUAUGCUUUCAUUGAUCCCAAGUUGAUUGUCUCGCAAGAACAACUUUAUUCUGCCAUCUAUAAAGCCUUGAUAGAACAAAAAUAUAAUAGGUUACGCACUAAGACUUUGCACUCCGAAUGUUUAUUCUGUUUAGGUCCCACUUCUAACAUUGGUGACGCAUUUAAGAAGUUUGGAAUAAAAGAUGAUUCUAGGGAAUUGAUAUGCCUGAAGGUAAUCAAUUUGUCUGAUAACAAUGAUGUUAAAGAAGACUUGGAUGGCAUAAUAGAUGGAGAAAGAAUUGUCUUUAAUGAUGAUAACCUAAGCAAAUUUUAUGAUCGAGAAUUGAUUAGAAAGACUUACAAACUUGACAAGCAUUUUGUUCCUGGUAAUACUGAGGAACUUUCGAGGGCUUUGGUUAACGCAAUUCAGUUAAGAGGACUCUGA